AUGAAGGGUUUCAGACAGAGAGUUCUGUCCCGUGCGAAAGAUUCAAACAAGUCUUCUAAGAAGAAGGACUCUUCCGGAACAUCCUCCCCAAGCCAGAACACAACCUCAACUUCGUCAGGCCCUACCCCUUCCCCGGCCAACUCCAACCAUGGCACUCCUACAUCCUCGACUACCACUGUGAAUGAUACCAAAGGCAGGCCUGGAAUGCAAGGUGGUAAUGGUGGUGGGAUUCCGGUUGGUGUUAUGCAUAAUAAUGCCCAGGCUCAGCUAAGUGCCCCCCAAAGUGCCCAGCAUUUUAUGCCUCCGGGACAAAACAUGGGGGGACACACGGGUCAGUUGUCUGGCAAUGGACCGGGAACACCAAUUCGACAACCGCAGUCGCUUGCUCCAAGUGUAAUAAUUAGCCCCAGCGCACCGCACAUUCCUCCUCCGGGCUCUGCGGAGACCAUGCCUGGAGAUCUUCAGCCACCAAAGGCCGGCCAAAAGUCACACCUUUUUGACCGAUUACAAACAACGCCCAAGGAUGUUCCUGAGGGUAUCAGGACACCAAAACGGCAACACUCCUCGAGGUUCGACAUAUCUGAUCAGCGCCAAAGAGAACUUGAGAAGCUUCCUGGCUUUCAUGAGGUCCCCCCGAACCGGCGCCAGGAUUUGUUCAUGCAAAAGAUUGACCAGUGUAAUAUCAUUUUCGACUUUAACGAUCCGACUGGCGAUAUGAAAUCCAAAGAGAUCAAGCGACUUGCCCUACAUGAAUUAUUAGACUAUGUGGCAAACAACAGAUCCGUCAUUACUGACCCCAUGUAUCCCCGUGUGGUGGACAUGUUCGCCAAAAACCUUUUCCGCCCUAUUCCCCCUCCCGUAAACCCCCAAGGAGACGCGUUCGACCCAGAAGAGGAUGAACCCGUUCUUGAAGUCGCAUGGCCGCAUAUUCAGGUUGUUUAUGAAUUUUUUCUUCGGUUCAUCGAGAGCCAAGAUUUCAAUACCAAUAUAGCAAAAGCGUACAUCGAUCAUCAGUUUGUUUUACAACUACUGGAACUCUUCGAUUCCGAAGACCCUCGCGAACGAGACUUCCUCAAAACAACCCUUCAUCGCAUCUACGGCAAAUUCCUCAAUCUACGUUCUUACAUUCGACGGUCGAUCAACAACGUUUUCUUCCAGUUCAUGUACGAGACCGAACGCUUCAAUGGAGUAGCAGAGCUGCUCGAGAUUCUUGGAUCUAUUAUUAAUGGCUUCGCCCUCCCGCUUAAGGAGGAGCACAAGCUCUUCUUGACGCGUGUUUUGAUUCCCCUCCAUAAAGUAAAGAGUCUGAGCAUGUAUCACCCCCAACUGGCCUAUUGCAUUGUUCAGUUCCUUGAAAAGGACUCUGCGCUCACUGAAGAGGUUGUCCUUGGGCUUCUCCGCUACUGGCCAAAAGUAAAUAGCACGAAAGAGGUCAUGUUUUUGAAUGAAGUCGAAGAUAUAUUUGAAGUCAUGGACCCCGCAGAAUUUGCCAAGGUCCAGGAGCCGCUUUUCAAUCAACUGGCGAAAUCGGUCGCUAGUCCCCAUUUUCAGGUUGCUGAACGGGCCCUAUAUUUUUGGAACAAUGAGUACUUCUGCAAUCUAGUCACGGAUAACGUAGAGACUAUCCUCCCUAUUAUGUUUGCUCCACUUUACGAAAAUUCAAAAGGCCAUUGGAACAGCAUGGUAUACAAUGCGAUGAAACUCUUCAUGGAGAUCAAUCCACAACUAUUCGACGAUUGCUCCCACGACUACACAGAAUUACAAUCAACAGCAGAAGCGCGUGAGAAGGAUAGACAGAGCAAAUGGGACAGACUGCAAAAACUAGCCCAAUCUCGAAAGAGCUUGACAGACAAGGCAACCCAUGAUAGCCAACAACGGCUUAACGCGCUGAAACUGCAGGAUGAAUCGAAUGUUAGCAAGGAGCGGCGGUUGCGGGAGCGGGAUGGGCAAAACCUGAAUUCGCAGAGGCGCCGUCACGGAUCAUUCGAUGACACUCGCUCACGCAGGGCAGGAUCGGGAUAUGGGAUUGGUGUGGUAGUAGCGGUGGUAGGAAGCGUGGGGAGCGGCGGGGUUCUCUUGGGACAGCGGCAGUGGUGGGGGAGGGGGAGGGUUCGUAUCAUCGACAUCAGCGCCUAUGCCUACGUUGGCCCGGAGCAAUUCGAUGAAGUAAAAGAGGAGUGGACGGUCGGACGGAUUGAUUAUUGA